AUGGAUACAGAGGGGGGCCUAUCGUCACCGUUGCAGGCACAGACUUCACCGUUGAAGUAUGUCCAAGAACUAGCAAUCAGUGGAGAAGAACCACCACAGAAAUUUAUCCAUAAAGAUGUUAAUGUUAAGGGUCAGCAGGUAAGUACAGAUGAUUCUCUAUCAGUUCCCAUAAUUGACGUUAGUCGUUUAACGACUACUGCAUCCAUCGAAGAGAAAGAAGAAGAGAUGGAGAAGCUAAAAUCUGCUUUGAAUUCAUGGGGCAUGUUUCUGGCAAUAGGGCAUGGUGUUCCGCAAAAUUUACUGGAUGGUAUGUAUAAUGUUUCCAAGCAGUUCUUUGAUCUUCCGGUAGAGGAGAAGCAAAGGUACGCGUCUUCUAAAGGCGAUGAGGUAUUCGACUUGGAGGGAUUUGAUAGUGAAUCCAUGAAAGCAAAUGUUGAUGAACAGCAGGUUCUCGAUUGGUGUGACAAUCUAAACCUCAUAAUCGAACCAGUAGAAGAGCGAAAGCUCCGGUACUGGCCUGGUGAUGAUUCUCCAUUGCAUUUCAGGAGUACAUUGGAUGAAUAUAGCGUUAAGGCGAGAUCAGUAUCGAAGAUCAUUUUAAAGGCAAUGGCCAAAUCACUAGGAUUAGAAGAAAAUGACUUCGUCAACCAGCUGGGUGAUCGGCAAUUCGUGUAUACAUCGUUUAAUUUUUAUCCUCCUUGUUCUAGACCAGAUCUUGUUUACGGCUUAAAACCUCAUACAGAUGGAGGAGCAAUAACUGUUCUUCUGCAAGACCCUCAAGUAGAAGGUCUUCAAGUUCAUAAAAAUGAUCAAUGGGUUAGUGUUCCAUGCAUGCCUGGAGCUCUGGUUGUUAAUAUUGGGGAUCAGUUGCAUAUAAUGAGUAAUGGAAUAUUCAAGAGCCCACUACACAGGGCAGUAACAAAUACAGAACGGAGGAGAAUUUCUUUGGGUAUGUUUUUCUUUCCACACGUCGAUCAAGAAAUCGAACCUGUCGCUGCGUUGAUCGACGAGAUUAAUCCUAGAAAGUAUAGGAAGGUGAAGGUGAAAGAUUUUGUUGAAGCUUUCCACCAAAAAUAUUUGCUAGGAGAACGAGUGUACGACUGGGCCAGCGUCUAAUUCGAUCUUCUACCACUUCUUAUUCCAUGAGGAUGGUAUUAAAGUUCCUGUUUUGGAACGUUGACUCUGAACUUCUUUUUAUUUCCGAUUGUGUUUGUCUGUUUGUUUGUU